AUGGUUCUGUGUUCACUGUGUUUCUGGGUCCUCUGGAGGCGAAUAAAUACGUCAUCGUUAAACUGUGGGUCACAUUCUUUCAUUUUACUUUGUAAGAGCAGUGCGAUGUCAGGAAGAGGCAAAGGCGGAAAAGGACUCGGGAAGGGAGGCGCUAAGCGUCACCGUAAAGUUCUCCGCGAUAACAUCCAGGGAAUCACCAAGCCCGCUAUUCGCCGUCUGGCGCGUCGUGGCGGAGUGAAGCGUAUUUCCGGUCUGAUCUACGAGGAGACUCGCGGUGUACUCAAGGUGUUUUUGGAGAAUGUCAUCCGCGACGCCGUCACCUACACCGAGCAUGCUAAGAGAAAGACCGUCACCGCCAUGGAUGUGGUGUACGCUCUGAAACGCCAGGGCCGCACUCUGUAUGGCUUCGGCGGUUAA